AUGGCUUCAAAUAAACUUAUUGCCAUUCUGGUCCUCAUCGUUGCACUUUCACUCCAAGGUGAUAACAAUAACGCCGUCGAAGCACAGCUCACGACAAAUUUUUACUCAACCUCUUGCCCUAAUCUUCUCUCCACCGUCCAAUCAACCGUUAAAUCUUCUGUUAACGGCCAGCCUCGAAUGGGUGCAUCCAUCCUCCGUCUCUUCUUCCACGAUUGCUUCGUCAACGGAUGCGACGGUUCGAUUCUACUAGAUGACACAUCAAGCUUUACGGGAGAACAAAACGCUGUACCAAACCGCCAAACUGCUCGCGGGUUUAAUGUGAUCGACAACAUCAAAUCAGCGGUUGAAAAAGCAUGUCCUGGGGUUGUGUCUUGUGCUGAUAUCCUAGCCAUUGCAGCUAGAGACUCCGUCGUACUCCUCGGAGGGCCGAAUUGGAAUGUGAAAGUGGGAAGAAGAGAUGCAAGAACGGCGAGUCAAGCCGCCGCGAAUAACAACAUUCCGGCGCCGACUUCGAGUCUUAGCCAGCUUAUUAGUAGUUUCAGCGCCGUUGGACUCUCCACCAGAGAUAUGGUUGCUCUCUCCGGCGCGCACACGAUCGGGCAAUCCAGUUGCAGGAACUUCCGAACAAGAGUCUACAACGAGACCAACAUCAACGCCGCCUUCGCUACCUUACGGCAAAGAUCAUGCCCAAGAGCUUCCGGCUCCGGCGACGCAAACCUAGCUCCACUCGACGUCACCUCAGCUGCUUCUUUCGACAACAGCUACUUCAAGAACCUCGUGGCUCAAAGAGGUCUCCUCCAUUCCGACCAGGAGCUCUUCAACGGUGGCUCCACCGACUCUAUAGUUCGCGGUUACAGCAACAACCCGUCGAGCUUUAGCUCCGACUUCGCGGCGGCUAUGAUCAAAAUGGGCGAUAUAAGCCCUUUGACUGGUAGUAGCGGUGAGAUCAGGAAGGUUUGCGGCAGCACCAACUGA